UUUUAUACAGAGUAAACAAAGUGGAAUUGAAAAAAAAAUAAAUUAUUUAAACAAAUGGAAAAUAAAGAUGAUUUACGACAAGGAUUUACGUCUGUGUUCAAAAAUACGAAAACAUGUACACUUUUAUAAAGUUAUCAUAAUAAUUUUCACGCUUUUAUCAUUGAUACCAUUGUUAACACAUUAUUAUUUGAAUAAUUAUGAAUCCCAUCUACAAAAUAACCAUCAUCGAUCACGAUCCCAAUUAGAAGUAUUUGAAGACUUUAAUUCACUAAAAGCUUCAGAUUUAAAAUUGAGGAUCGAUGAAAUGAUAAGAAUAAAAGGUACGGUGUCAAUUGAAUUAAGGGAACUAGAAGCACGACGACAAAAAUUACAAUCUGAUAUAAGCCUUUACAGUCAACGGAUCGAUGAUUUGAAACAAGAACUGCAAAAGCAACAAACAGAGCUUGAUCGUUUAAAAAUAUCAGUUGAACAAGCAAUGGUGGCUCAACGUGAAGCAAUACUACGAGACACACCAGAAUUAUCGAGCCCUUUAAAACUAUAUCCAAAUGACGUUCCAUCAGCAAAUCCUCCAAUUGAUAGAAACACGAUUCAAAAAUGUAAAAUGGCAAAUUGCUUUGAUCACUCGCGAUGCAGUCUUACUUCAGGAUUUCCAAUAUAUCUUUAUGAUCCUGACACAACACCAAUUUUAAAAUCUGGAUAUGAUAUUGAAGGUUAUUUGAAAACAACAAUCAAACAAACAUUUGGAUUCAAUGCGCAUUUGACAUCAAAUCCAAAAAAAGCAUGCAUAUUUUUUGUGGUCGUAGGAGAAGCGUUACCAGACCAGAAUAAUAUUGAACACACACGAUAUUUAAAUCAGAAGAAAAGUUUUACGCUCUCUAUAAACAAUAAUCUGAAAAAUUUUUCAAGCUUACCGUAUUGGGGUGGAGACGGAAGAAAUCACGUUAUUUUAUCAUUAUCUAGACGGUCUAUCGGACUAGAGAACCAUUUAUAUACCAUAGACACAGGGAGAGCAAUUGUUGCACAAUCCAUCUUUUUUUUAAACCAGUUCAGACAAGGUUUUGAUUUAAUAUUACCUCCGUUAUUAGGACCACCUGGGGGCGACGUAUGGCAGGAUUGUGCCCCUAUAGUUCCAGCAAGACGAAAGUAUCUUUUAUCGUUCCAAGGGGAACCCACGUCAAAUACAAAUACUGACGUAUUGGACAAUUUCAUUUUAGAACACUUAAAAGAAAUAAGUCACAGCUCUACAAGGGACAAGUUUUUGUUACAAUUUGAAUGUGUACCCGCCACGGACCAGCAGUUUACUUUACUGGAAUUCAAGGAUUGGUUAUUAUGUGGUACAGAAAAUUCCAGGAAAUUGGUACUAAAGGAAUCGACAUUUGCGUUAAUACUGACACCUAGUGAAAAUGUUGUGACAUCAACAUUAUUGCUUUCAAGACUUUAUGAAUCGUUACGAAGCGGAAGUGUACCAGUUCUCUUGGGUGAACACGUACUUCUUCCAUAUCAAGAGACAAUUGACUGGCGAAAAGUUGUCAUAACACUGCCAAAAGCAAGAAUAACCGAAAUUCACUUUUUGUUACGGUCUGUUUCAGAUGGAGAUCUAUUGAUGAUGAGACGCCAAGGUCGAAUUAUUUGGGAAAAAUAUUUAAGUACUGUCCAAGCAACUGUCGACACAGUCGUGGCGAGUUUGAGAGAUCGUUUGGGAAUUCCUCCUAAACCAGUUCUAGAUAUUACUGCUCACAGUGUAUUUAAUUCUAGUUUUGUUCCUCUUAAAUCUGAUUCAACUAUUAUGGAUGCUGAGCCAGAAGAAUCGUUGGGUCCGAUUGAGCAACCAUUUGCAAGUCCCAUAUUCAAAAGAAAUUAUACAUUUUUAUUAACACAAUCAAAAGAAAUAUGGAACGAUUGGGCUGACCCUUUUGUAUUGUAUCCUAACUUACCAUUUGAUCCGGUAUUGCCAUCAGACGCAAAAUUCAAAGGGUCUUCCAUGGGUUUUCGUCCUAUUGGCCGAGGGUCUGGAGGAGCAGGAAAGGAAUUCAGUGAAGCUUUGGGUGGAAAUUAUCCGCGUGAGCAAUUUACCAUUGUUAUUCUUACGUAUGAACGAGAGCAAGUACUGAUGGAUUCUUUAAGUAGACUCUAUGGAUUGCCUUAUCUGAAUAAAGUUGUCGUUGUUUGGAACUCUCCGAAACCACCUCUUGAAGAUCUACGGUGGCCAGAUAUUGGGGUUCCUGUAACAGUAGUUAAAGCACUCCGUAACUCUUUAAAUAAUCGUUUUCUACCAUAUGAUGUAAUAGAAACCGAAGCAAUACUAUCUGUAGAUGAUGAUGCGCAUUUAAGACAUGAUGAAAUCUUGUUCGGAUUUAGAGUAUGGCGUGAAAAUAGAGAUCGUGUGGUGGGCUUUCCCGGAAGAUUUCAUGCAUGGGAUUCAAAUUCGCAUAAUGCUUGGAAUUAUAACUCAAAUUACAGCUGUGAACUUAGUAUGGUUUUGACUGGAGCUGCUUUCCUCCACAAAUACUACGCUUAUUUAUACACAUAUUGGUUACCUCAAGCUAUUCGAGAUAAAGUUGAUGAAUUUAUGAAUUGUGAAGACAUAGCAAUGAACUUUCUAGUAUCUCACUUUACGAGAAAACCUCCAGUAAAAGUAACAUCCAGAUGGACGUUUAGGUGCCCCGGAUGUCCGGUCUCUCUGUCUGAGGACGAUAGUCACUUUCAAGAACGCCAUAAAUGUAUCAAUUUCUUUACAAAAGUCUUCGGGUACACUCCAUUAUUAAAUACUCAAUACAGAGCUGAUUCGAUAUUAUUUAAAACACGAAUUCCUCACGAUAAGCAAAAAUGUUUCAAAUUUAUUUAGCAAGUAAUAAAAAAU